ACGUGUGAGCGAGUCGGAACCAGAGAAUAACUUCAAGAUGAAAUUGAGUCUCUCCAAGGUGGUUCAGGGCUGUCGCCUUGGAACAUUAAAUAACCUGGGAAAGAAAGGGGACUAUACCAUGGAGUUUCCAGGUUGCCUGUUGUACACCAGAACUGGAUCGGCUCCACAUCUGACCCACGACACGUUGAUGACCAUCAGCAGGGUUCCUGUCAUGACUCAGCUCACCCUGUCUUCACUAGCAGAACACUAUGAAGUCUUGGAGGAAUAUAAGGAAGGAAUCGGAAAAUUUAUAGGAAUGCCAGAAUCAAUGUUCUAUUGUUCCCUCCAUGAUCCUGUCAACCCCUCCCCAGCUGGCUAUGUAACUAACAAGUCUGUGUCUGUGUGGGGUGUUGGAGGGCGCCUAGAAAUGACUGCAGCCAAGUUCAUGUCAAUUCAGCAGGCCAUUCAGCCAGACUGGUUUCAGUGCCUAUCAGAUGGGGAGGCUCUGUGUGGAGAAGUCUCCUCUGUCAAAAGAGCCAGGAAGUCUGUGGAUCGGUCCCUGGACUUCCUCGAUGAGUGUCUAAAGCUCCAGGAACAGUCUGAGGUUCUUCAGAGCUGUGUGAUGAUUGGAGUAAUUGAAGGUGGUGAUGUACUAGAGGAAAGGCUGAGAUCAGCAAGGGAGACAGCAAAACGGCCUGUGGGUGGCUUCCUCCUAGAUGGCUUUCAUGGAGACGCCAUGACAAAGGAGACAAGAUUGCAGCUGAUGUCAUCUGUCACAGCAGAGCUCCCAGAGGACAAACCAAGGCUUAUCUGUGGUAUUGGCCAGCCAGAUGAAGUCCUGGAGUGUAUUGAGGCAGGUGUGGAUCUAUUUGAGAGUUUUUUUCCUUACCAAGUGACAGAACGGGGCUGUGCUCUGUCUUUCAGCUUUGAUUACCAGCCUAAUCCUGAAGAUCAAGUAUUACAACAAAAUGGGAAGAAGGAAGAAGGAGGAGAAAUCGGGGACCACGUAGAUAAAAUUAUAACAACCAAACGCAUUCCAGAAACAUCUUUUGAAAUUAAUUUGAAAGAAAAAAAGUACCAUGAUGAUUUUGGUCCUCUGGUUAAGGGAUGUUCCUGUUACUGCUGUAAGAAUCAUAGUCGGGCUUAUGUCCACCACCUCCUCGUGACCAAUGAGCUGCUAGCUGGGGUUCUCCUCAUGAUGCACAAUUUUCAACACUAUUUUGGCUUCUUCUAUGCUAUCAGAGAAGCUCUGAGAAAGGAUAGACUGGGACAGCUGAAGGAGCUCAUCCGCAGGCAAGCAUCUUGAGACCCGGGAAAUAGAAGAUAACCACAAACACCGAAGAUGUGUCUCAGUAGAACAAAUGAAGAAACUCAGGAUAUGUACUAGACCCA